AUGGCAUCUCCCAAGUACUUUGGUGCGACCUUGGUCUUGAGUCUGUCGUAUGGUGCGACCUUGGUCAUGAGAAGUGAAGAUGAUCUGUGGGCGUUGUCGACGGCUAACAACCUGACGUGCACCCCCAAUGCUUUGUCCUUGCUGGGCGACCCAAACCAGUAUCCCCAGCUGAAGGUCGUGGCAGUGGCUGGAGAGGCUUGCCCAGUGGCACUCAAGGACUUGUGGGCUCCAAGGGUCAAGUUGUUCAACCUGUACGGUCCGUCUGAAUGUGCGAUCAUGACCCACGGCAGUCGGCUGAGCCUGACGGAAUCCAUUGCAAUCGGGUCAGUGCUUGCCAACGUCCAUUGCUACUUGCUGGACGACGCCCUCCGACAGGUUCCAUUUGGCAUUCUGGGUGAAUUCUACUUGAGCGGCAUUUGCGUGUCGCCGGGCUACAUCAACUUGCCGGAAAUGACGGAAGAGCGAUUCUUGGUGGACCCCUUUGGCCAUGGCCGAAUGUACAAGACAGGGGAUCUGGGUCGUCUGCUGCCCAAUGGCCAAUUCGAAAUCGCUGGCAGACAAGACAGCCAGGUCAAGUUGAAGGGCUACCGCAUCGAGUUGGAUGAAGUAGCCAAUCACAUGAUGCAGCACCCGUCGGAACGACCAAGCUUUCGCCACGUGGUGGACUACAUCCAAGCACAAGACACGCGAGCAGCCGAAGAAUUCUGGCGGUCCUACCUGAACGGAGUUGUUGUUACUUCUCUUGAGACCAACGGAAUUCCACGGAAUUGUCUGGCGGACAGCUCAGACCAGCCGCUAUCCAUCGAUACGACGGCUUGUCUGUCGAGUUUGUCCGAGACAGCUCAGACUAUCCGUGUGACCGUCGCCGAGUUGGUCAAGUUUGCGUGGGCUGCCACCGUCCGCAAGUACACUCGCCAGAACGAUGUCGUGUUCGGCCAAGUGGUGGCGAAUCGAGACAUUCCUGUCCAUGAUGUCGACAGGUACUCGUUUUCCACCCGAAUGAAACUUCUGUCUAACGUCUUGUGUAUAAUUCGGGGUCCUCUGGUCAGCACGGUGCCUAGCCGCGUUCAAUUCGACGACACUUUGUCGGUGACGGCCAUGCUGGAAGGUAUUCGGCUAGAGCGUGGUGCAGUGUCCAGCCAUUCCCAUGCCAGUCUGAUUGAUAUCAAGCGAUGGAACGGCAUCGAGGGCGACUUGUUCGAUUCGUUGCUGGUGUACCAGAAUGUCCCCACGGCUAGCUCGAAGGUUCGUCCAGUGGGCCAGCCAAGCAAGACGUUUUCUACCGACCACACGCUUGAGAUCAUCGUGACCCCCGCGGCGGCCGGACUGAGCUGUUGCGCCAACAAGUAA